GACAGUUGAUAACGUUCCGUUACCAGAAAAGCAGAGCGAAAAGCGGAGAAAACAGAGGGAAACGCCCACAAAAUAAAACAAUGGUGGCGAUUUCUUUGUACAGAGGGAACCUCCACAGAGCACCUGCCAUACCUCGGCGAUGGCUAAUGCCGACUCCCAAAAUCUCUCUCAAAGACUUCAAAUCUCUCUUGCACCGCCGGAACAAAGCUCUCUCUCGUCUCCGUUCCUCUUCUUCCUCCUCUAACCCUAACCCUAAUCCCGCUUCGAGCUUAAAGCCUCACAUUCAAUACCCCAACCCCAAUGGCCCUCCUAUGGAGCCCAAAUUGGAAGCGCAACUGGACCCGGAACCGGCCCAGGAUUUGACAACUGGACCAACUUCCGCGGGGGUCAAGGUGGAGGUUGUUGGAGGAUCCGACGGCGCAGAUUGCUCGGUGAAGCAGGAAGAUGAGCAGCCCGAGAAAGAUGAGAGUUUGCAAGUGGAUGAGAAAUUGCCCGAGGAGACUAAAGCAAAUGUAGAGGUAAGCGAAAAAGUAAAUGAGUUGAAUGAAAAAGAGAAAAGGAAAAGGGAUGUUGAGGAGAAAUUACAAAUUUUGAAUGCAAAGAAGCAUAAUUUAGUACAAGUGCUUAAGCAGAUCUUGAAUGCCGAGGAGGAAUUAAAGAGAAGAAAUAGCCCACAAGGUAUGGCCAUUCGUCCAGCUGUUCCACUUCAAGUGGAAACUAUGAAUGACUCUGGGUCAAUAACUAGGAUUGUCACUCCCAGGAUGGGCUCAGAGGCUAAUCUUGCUGGUGAAAAUGAAGUCGGUGAAGCUGAUGAUGUUUCAAAUGCUAAUGUCCAUAAUCGUCAUGUGUUUCGGAUGAGCAGUACAUCACCAUCUUCAGAAUCUCCUCUUAAAAGGCCUACCUAUAUUCAACACAAUGUGGUUCCUCACCCCUCCCGAGCAAGCAUGGGGGUCACAGGUAGUCCAUCACGCUUUGCUCCUACUGGAAAUCAUGGUCAUCCUGGGAAUCCUCCUGCUGUAUCUGUGUCUGGAACAAAUUAUGUUGCAUCAUCUCCAUCCCCUGCAGCAUCUGGUGGCACUUCAGUUUUCAGAGAGGCUCGGCAGCCAAGUCCAUGGAAUUAGAAUCUGUAGGCCUUCAAACACUUCAUGUGACUUGAGGCGCGAAGAUGUGUAUUGUGAGCAUAGCAACAUUCAGGUCCUUUUUGGUUGUUCCUGCACAGGCAAAAUGAAAAUACUGGUUUGCAAUGUGAUGUCAUCUUAUCAGGUCCAAGCAGAUGCUGUCAUAUUCUGUAUCUUCCUGUAACACUGUUGAGAUGCUGCUUAUACAUGUCCUGCUCGGCUGGGAACUGUAAAUUUUUAGAAUGUAGAAGAGGCCAGGUCCUGAAACUCUAGAUUUUUGUUUUCUUUUGAAUUUUUUAUUGUGAGGCCAGGAGGGAGUUGAAUUUGUUAGAAUAACUGAAAUGUGAUGGAUCCAUGGUUCUAUGAUCAAUUUGUAUAUUUCAAGACCUUCCAU